AUGAGCGGCCCAGUGCGUCCCAAGCACCGAAGAGAUUUCGACGUCGCUGUCAUCUGCGCGCUACAGCUGGAAGCCGAUGCUGUAGAAGAAAUCUUCGACUGUUUCUGGGACGAAGAUCGCGAUCGAUACGGAAAAGCAUUGGGAGACCAGAAUGCAUACCGGACUGGGGUCAUCGGAGAUCACAAUGUUGUCUUGGCAUACAUGCCUGAUAUCGGAAAAGGGCACGCAGCAAGCGUGGCAGCGAGCUUCCGAUCGAGCUUUCAGGGUAUCCGACUUGCGUUGAUUGUUGGUGUCUGCGGAGGGGUGCCAGGCAGAACAGAGAACGACAUUUUUCUUGGCGAUGUAAUCAUCAGCGAUGACAUCGUCCCAUACGACUUGGGUAGGAGAUUCCCGGCAGGGUUUCGACGCAAAGGUUUUGCAAUCAAAUCUGCAAAUGCCGAAAUCCAAGCCUUCUUGCACAAACUAAGAAGUCGCAAAGGCCGUGAAAAUCUACUCGGCAGGACCAACCAUCAUCUUGAUACUCUGCAAAAGCAAAAUAGUGACUAUCGCAGCCCUGAGAGGGACCUAGAUCGGCUUUUCAAGCCGAGCUACCAUCAUCAACACCAUGGUCCUUCAAAAUGUAGAAGGUGCCACAAAAACGAGCUUUGCGUAAAAGCCCAGGAAGCAACAUGUGAAUCUUUGAAAUGUGACCCGAAGAGAUUGGUCAAUCGUCCUUACCCAUCGCCAAGCGGGACCAACAUCCACUUCGGGCGGAUGGCUUCCGGUGAUACAGUCAUGAAGUCUAGCGAGGACCGAGACAGAAUUGCAGCAGAGGAGAAUGUUAUUGCAUUUGAGAUGGAGGGUGCAGGGAUUAUUCAUAAUCUGCCUUGCAUCGUGGUAAAAGGGGUGUGUGACUACGCUGACAGCCACAAGGACAAAAUAUGGCAAAAGUACACUGCUGCGACUGCUGCUGCGUGCAUGAAAUCAUUACUAGAGCAAUGGGCAAUCAUUGAUCAGUCGAAAGAAGAAAGCAGACAGCGUGAGGAUCUCAUAGGAAAUGGUUCCUCCUGUCACCUUGACACAUCCCUAUCAGCUCAUUCUAACAAAGCACCCUCGCCGCCAAUUGAACAUGACAUCCAAGAUGAUGACCUGCUGCAAGUUCUACCGAUAAUUAUAUCGAGAUUCAAGAGUACGCUCAGCUGUUUCAAACACCACAAAAAGUUCUUGCCAAAAGAUGUUGAUCUCAGGAGCACUUUAAGAACCCAGCGUGUUGUGUUGUUGGAAGUUAUGGAAACCUUGUCUUCAGAUGCUUCCGACGCUCUCAAAAAUCAGAUUGGCUCGUCGGAAAACCUUUGCCUCAAACUGGGUCUAGCAAUCCGAACGAAACUCGUGGAAGUUGAAGAGACCACAAUGCGUCUUCCUGUCGCUACUAAGGCGAGAGAGCAGCACGACGCCGUAGAAGACUUGAAAUCCAUGGUCCAGGUCUUUGCAUCCUCUAUUCCCCACCCGAAACAGCCUAGAGCCUCAAAUGAGUCGCACAUUGUGAAAACACCUCGAGGGCGUCGACAAUUCCAGCAAUUCCGCGUUGUCAGGCAAGCGGCUUGUAGCCUCUACGAUGCCCUUGGGACAGCCUGCAAUGUGCAUGCAGUCCAUGAUGUGCACAUCUCUCUCCAACCGGACCUGGAUGGGAAACGAGUGAACUUCAGUUUGGCCAUUAUCCAAAAUGAUAAGUUGCAGGCAAAUACAAUCUGGAUCAAUGUGGAAUCCACGGUCAGCCCCCUGAACCAAUUUCUCAACCGGCCUUUCCAACAACCUCAGAUGGCCAGUCUGAAAAACGACCAAGACAAGAUGAAGAAGCGCAAAAUCCACCAAGGUCUCGUAAGCGCGUUCAGUUCCAACUUCUACAAGAGCCUUCACAAUCAACGAACAGACUCCACUAAAAGCAUGGGCCAAUAUGAGCGAGUCCGACUUGCCAAAAAUCUCGCCACUGCUUUCCUUUACUACCAUUCUACCCCAUGGCUCAACGAAACAUGGCGUAGUGAAGAUGUUCAAUUCUUCGGCCCUUGUGACUCCUUGCUCCACCAGGCACACCAUGUUCUACCCUACAUGACCACAUCUAUAAGGGCUGUUGGUUCCUCGAUAAAUGCCCAGCGUCGAUCGUCCGAUUACACUCACAUCCGCAACCCUGUAUUGUUUGGACUGGGUGUUAUGCUUCUAGAACUUGCAUAUCAAGCUCCUCUCAGAACCCUACAACAACCAGUCGAUCUCGAGAAGGGGGAAACACAGGGAUUUGCCGAUUGGUUCACAGCACACAGAUUGGUAGACCAAAGCUACCGCAUGGUGAGUAAAAGCUACAAAACCAUCAUCAAAAAAUGCCUAUACUGCGACUUUGGGCAUGAUAGUGACUUUGCGAGCCCUGCGCUUCAAGAGGCCUUCUACCAUGACGUCAUCACCGGCCUUGAGAAUCUUGAGAGAAUUUUCAGGGAAUUGCAGCUUGAUGACCCAGAAAUAGAUGUGAUGUGA